CAGGCAUCCCAAGCCUGGACUAAAGCCCUCUCCAAAGGAGCUGAGGCCGAAGCAGACUCCCCCCUCAAAUGGGGUGGUCUAGGCCUGUGACCGCCCCUGCAGUGGAGUCUUUACUGGCUGUGGGGGACCCUGCUCAUUUGAAAAUCUGACAUCAGCUGGGCAGUCAGCCCCCUCCUCCCUUCCUCUCUACCCUGACACAGCACUUAGCACCUGAAUGUUCGUUUCUCUCCCAGGAACCCUCCAUUCCCCAUACCCAGGAAAAUGUGACGCGCUACAGGUGAUCAGCUUCUAGAUCACUACAGUCUAGCCACAAGUGACUUUUGAGAUCCAGGGACAGGAAGAUGUCUAAAGAAAUGGCAGACCAAAGAGAAGGAGAAGCUGGGGGUAAAGAGGUGUGCCGAGACCAGAUCAAAGGAUCGGACAAAGAGGAACCGCCAGCUGCCUCAUCCCAUGGCCAGGGGUGGCGUCCAGGUGGCAGAGCAGCUAAGAACGCAAGACCUGAAUUGGGGGCUAGACCCCCUGCUCUCCCUGCCAUGGUCAAUGAUCCACCAGUACCUGCCUUAUUGUGGGCCCAGGAAGUGGGCCAUGUCUUGGCAGGCCGUGCCCGCAGGCUGCUGCUGCAGUUUGGGGUACUCUUCUGCACCAUCCUCCUCCUGCUCUGGGUGUCUGUCUUUCUCUAUGGCUCCUUCUACUAUUCCUACAUGCCGACAGUCAGCCACCUCAGCCCUGUGCAUUUCUACUACAGGACCGAUUGUGAUUCCUCUACCACCUCACUCUGCUCCUUUCCUGUUGCCAAUGUCUCGCUGGCUAAAAGUGGACGUGAUCGGGUGCUGAUGUAUGGACAGCCAUAUCGCAUCACCUUAGAGCUUGAGUUGCCAGAGUCUCCUGUGAAUCAAGAUUUGGGCAUGUUUUUGGUCACUGUUUCAUGCUACACCAGAGGUGGCCGAAUCAUCUCCACCUCUUCCCGUUCGGUGAUGCUGCAUUACCGCUCAGACCUGCUCCAGAUGCUUGACACGCUAGUCUUCUCUAGCCUCCUUCUGUUUGGCUUUGCUGAGCAGAAGCAGCUCCUGGAGGUGGAACUCUAUGCGGACUAUAGAGAGAACUCGUAUGUGCCAACAACUGGAGCAAUUAUUGAGAUCCACAGCAAGCGUAUCCAGAUGUAUGGAGCCUACCUUCGCAUCCAUGCCCAUUUCACUGGGCUCAGGUACCUGCUAUACAACUUCCCGAUGACCUGCGCCUUCAUAGGUGUUGCCAGCAACUUUACCUUCCUCAGCGUCAUUGUGCUCUUCAGCUACAUGCAGUGGGUGUGGGGGGGCAUCUGGCCCCGACACCGCUUCUCUUUGCAGGUUAAUAUCCGAAAAAGAGAGACUUCCCAGAAGGAAGGCCAACGAAGGAUCUCUACCCAUCAGCCUGGUAAAGGCACAGCCACCCUACCCAUCCUGUCCUCUACUUGUUUUGGAGGAGCAGAGCCUGAAAGACAGGAGGAGGCAACUCAACUGUCAGAUGUGACAGAGGAUGGUGAGAGCCCUGAAGAUCCCUCAGGGACAGAGGGUCCGCUGUCUGAGGAGGAGAAACCAGACCAGCAGCCCCUGAGUGGAGAGGAGGAGCUGGAGCGGGAGGCCAGUGAUGGUUCAGGCUCCUGGGAAGAUGCUGCUCUGCUGACUGAUGCCAACCUACCUGCUUCUGCCUCUGCCUCUGCUUCUGCCCCUGCCCCGGAGACUCUGGGCAGCUCUGAGCCCUCUAUGGGUGCUCUGAGACAGCGCCCCACCUGCUCCAGCUCCUAAAGAAAAGAGGACAGAUUCCUCACAUUCCAGCACUUUCCCACCUGGGAUCUCCCCUUGUGUUCCCUUAAAUAAACUAUUUUGUGCCAGCUGC